GCCGCCGCCGCGGCUGCCGCCGUCAGGUGGAUGGGGAGGUAGGUAGGGAGCGAAGCGUGGGGUGGGCGGUGAGUCUUUUCCGUGACUUCGUUCCCGCGGGACCUUGGCCGGAGGGUGACUGCAGCGGUGCUAUGGUGUCUGGAGGCCGGGUGCAGCAUGUCUAGACCGGGGGUCCUGGGGGGCGCUCGCUCCGGGCUCGGGCUGGUGCUCGGGGCUGCAACGGGCCUAGGACUCCUCUGUGCCUUCUACAUCCACCGGAGGAAACGGACCCAGAGCCAUGGCGGUAACUGGAACGCGUCCAACUCUCUGGGCUACACCCGAACCCUGGAGCCUCACCGCCGGGUGAUGCUCUUGCGGGCAGCACCAGGGGAGGCUGGUGAUGCUGUGUCUGUUCCCACCAUGUCAAGGGAAAAGCAAGAGGAGGUGCUGGAUCGCCUGGACUUUGUGUUGAGCGGCCUAACUGAGCUUCGACAGGAGGUGGAAGAACUCAGAAAUAGCCUCCGGGCUCUUGCUGGGGAGAUUGUAGGGGAGGUCAAGUCCCAGAUAGAAGAGAACCAAAAAGUGACUCGGAGGAGAAGGUAUCCAUUCAACAGGGAAAGAAGAGACUCCACCGGCUCGAGCUCCAUCUACUUCAGUGCGAACUCUGGACCGCCUCUGACCGAAGGAGAGAGCGAGGGAGGGUAUACAACAGCCAAUGCAGAGUCUGACUAUGACUGGGAGACAGAAAAGGAGAGUGAGGAGGAUGAAGAUGAAGUAAGCUGUGAAACAGUGAAAACAGGUCGAAGCGACUCCCAGGACCUGACCGGCGAUGGGGAUUCCCUCCUGCUGCCCGUGGACUUUGCAGGUGGAGAGGAGCUGCUCCUGCUGCUGCGGCAGGCGGAUGAAAUGCACCUGGGUGACAAGCAGAGCAAACAGGAGGGUUUCCAGCGGCUCCUCAACAACAAGCUGGCGUAUGGAAGUCGACAAGACUUUCUAUGGCGCUUGGCCCGGGCCUACAGUGACAUGUGUGACCUCUCUGAGGGGAUGAAUGAGAAAAAGUCAUACGCCCAAAGUGGAAAGGAAGAAGUGGAGGCUGCCCUGGAGAAAGGAGAUGAGAGCGCCGAGUCUCACCAGUGGUACGCAGUACUAUGUGGUCAGCUGGCUGAGCAUGAAGGCAUCCAGAGGCGUAUCCAGAGCGGCUAUAUCUUCAAGGAUCACAUAGAUAGAGCUAUUGCCCUCCAGCCAGACAACCCCAAGUCUCACUUCCUACUUGGAAGAUGGUGCUACCAGGUAUCUCAUCUGACUUGGCUAGAGAAGAAGACUGCUGGAGCCUUGUUUGAGAGCCCUCCCAGUGCCACUGUCCAUGAUGCUCUGCAGAGCUUUCUGAAGGCAGAAGAACUGAGUCCUGGGUUUUCCAAAGCUGGAAGGGUGUACAUCUCUAAGUGCUAUAAGGAGCUAGGGAACAACUCUGAAGCUGGACAGUGGAUGAAGUUGGCCUUGGAGCUGCCAGAUAUCACUAAUGAGGAUGUUGUCUGCCACAAGGAACUGGAGGAGCUGAAAGUAGCAUUGGAAGAAUAAGCACAUUCUUUGGCUUUCAUCACCAGAAGGGCAACACCACGUACAGUAGCAGGAGAGGGAGUCCCCUCUUAUGCCCCCUGCUCAGACAAAAAUUCUUCCUUGGGGUAGAGGCUGAGCAAUGCAGAGGCUGGAAAAAGGGCUGGCUGCCCUGAAUCUUGUCCUGAGCUGCAACCUCACCAAGUCUGUGUUUGCCUACUGCCCUGCUGUGGUUCAUUUACUCCCAGCCUUCUCUCUACCCUGAAACCAGAAAGGGAAAGGUGUGAUGAUUUUUCAUCAGGUCAAACCUUCAGGUUUCAUGUGCUUUUUUUUUUUUUUAACUAUGAAUUCUGUGGUUGAGGCUGUGGUGGCAGAAGGAAGUACCUGUGACUCUAAGCACAGGCCUGGUCAGGGCAGUGGCACUGAAAACCACCUGCCAGCUGGGGCAGUGGAAGGAUGGUGGCACUAUGUUUUAUCUGAUGGGGAGGUAAAUGCACUUUACGAAGCCUUAGGAACAAAGUAUGGAACUCUCUCUUUUGAUCCUUUUCACUGACCAAUCCCAACUUCAUUGUAAAUACCCCUAGGAUCCCACCCUGCAUGGUCAGGGUAAGAGGAAAGGGGUAUGAGAAGACUAGACAUUACUUCCAUCUUGCCCCUAAGAUGGGCUCAGGCUUGGGAGGGUAUCUGGCCCUUUCUUCCCUGCCUGGGCCUUGACACCUUUUAAAAAGUGAGGCAUUAUCUUGUUUAGGGUACUAAUAAAGCUAUGGUAUUUAUAGCUGCCUGGUUUGUAUUGUGGUACAAAACUGAAAUAAAUUCAGCUCAAGUGGCAGUGAGAGCAAA